CGCGGGCUGGGGUCCUGGAGCGCUAUAAAAGCGUAAGGCGGAAGGUCCGCCUCCUCUUUCGCUGGCGGCUGGCGGCGGGGCCGGGGUGAGUACCCGAGAUGGCGCCGGGGCCCGCCGGGCGGAAUCCCCGCGGCCGCCGGGGCAUCGCGGCGGGAGCGGGCCGGGCGGGGGCCUCGGGGCGACCGGCGCCACUCACCGGGGCCGCGUGUGUCUGUAUUUGCAGCAGGAAGCCGGGCGGGAACAGCACCCACCGUGAGCGCCAUGGCCGAGGAAGGCAUUACUGCUGGAGGUGUAAUGGAUGUUAACACUGCCCUGCAAGAAGUGCUGAAGACCGCACUUAUCCAUGAUGGCCUAGCUCGUGGUAUUCGUGAAGCAGCCAAAGCCUUGGACAAACGCCAAGCCCAUCUUUGUGUUCUGGCUUCAAAUUGUGACGAACCCACAUAUGUAAAAUUAGUUGAAGCACUUUGUGCAGAACAUCAGAUCAACUUAAUAAAGGUUGAUGACAACAAGAAACUGGGUGAAUGGGUAGGUCUCUGCAAGAUCGACAGAGAAGGAAAACCUCGCAAAGUAGUGGGCUGCAGUUGUGUCGUUGUCAAAGACUAUGGCAAGGAAUCUCAGGCCAAGGAUGUCAUCGAAGAGUACUUCAAGUGCAAGAAAUGAAUGGAAAAUAAAUUCUGAACCUGACUAGUCUGUGUGUGAUUAAUGGGUGGGUACCUGUGGAAUAGUUCUUUGAGUUGCAACAGGUAACAUCAGAAGAUUAAAGGACUUUUCAGGUCUUGGUAUAGCAAUUACUUUGUUAACUGUCAGCUUUGCUAAAAAGAUAAUGGUGAUCCCUGCUAUUCUGUUCUUGGGUGCUUCUAUUUCCUGUUCCACCCCAGAGGGUACCAGCUUGGGGAACUUGGCACAGCUCACCUGCAGAAAUGCUGUCGAUUACUACCUUUGCUUGGGCCUGUACUUCUGAAGGGAUUCUGAGUAUCUUGUUAGGGGAAAGUCCAAAGUUCUGCUGCAUCUGUGAUGAAAAUCUGGCUCCCUCUACU